AUGUCAGUGCAAGUUGGAGGAGCAUCUGCUGUUUUUCAGCUUUCUGGAGAGCUUUGUGGAAGAAAGAGAAUGUUACCACCUGAACGGUUCUCAGUGAAUCUGAGAGGAGAGGAUGGGGAUCCACAGCAUGAGCAAGGGGGCCUUGAGAGUCGGCCCUCCCUGGAUCAGAACGAACACCCAGGCGAGGACAAGCCAGCGUAGCACGAAGAGGAACUCAAUCCGCUGGAUUCCGAGGAGAGAAGACGCCAAGAAGACUACUGGCGAGACCUGGAGGCCAAGCACAAGCGGCAAAAGGCGGAAACCGCCGAGUAGAGACGCCUGGAGGAGCAGCGGCUGCAGGCGCUGGAGAGGAGGCUUUGGGAAGAGAACAGAAGGCAGGAGCUCUUGGAGGAGGAGGGCGAGGGGCGGGAGCCGCCGCUAGAGGCGGAAAGGGCGCCGCGGAAAGAGCAGCGGCGCCGGAGCCUGGAAGCGCCAAGUUGGGAGGACGCCGAGCGGAGGGAGCCGGAGGAGCGUGAGCGCCUGGAGGCCCAGGAGGAGCAGAGGCGUCCGCAGGCCCAGGCCGAGGAGAGGCGGCGGCUGCAGGGGGACACCAGGCUGGAGGAGCAGAGGCGGCAGGAGGAGGAGGAAGGAAGGCACGCGGAGAAGCUCAGAAGGCAAGAAGAGGAGGAGGCCGAGCGAAGGGAAGAGCUGGAACAGCAGGAGGAGGUGCAGGGGCCGCCCGAGGCGGCGGCGGAGCUCAGGGAGGCCCGGCAGGGCCGGGCAGAGGAGGAUCUGGAAGAGGAGGAGGAAGGGGAGGAGGAGCAGGGCCAGGCGCACCUGGAGGACGAAAGGGGCCAGCUGAGCGCACUUCUGAACAACUUUGAGGAGAGCCCAGAAGAACAGGAACACCCGAAACCCGAAGGACAAAGAGAGCACUCCGAGGACCCAAGCAUCUGCGAGGAGCAGAACCCAGAGGCCGAGCGCGCAAGAGAGCAGCAGCAGGAAAGGAGCGGGGCUGUCCAGGGAAGCCCCUGGGCCGGAGGAAGAGAGAGAAAAGGGGACACGGAGCCUCCUCCGAAACCAGAGGGGACCGUGGAAGAGAGGAAAGAAGCAGCCGUCCCUGAACAGGGCCGCAAGGUGGAGGAGCUGCGGCGGCAGGAGGUGGACGAGAGGCAGAGCAUGCGGCCCUACACGUUCCAGGUGUCUUCUGGGGGGAAGCAGAUUCUCUUCCCCAAAGUCAACCUGAGCCCCGUGACGCCCGCAAAGGACACGGGGCUCACCGCUGCCCUCCAGGAACCAAAGGCCCCCAAAGCCAGCUCGGCUGCGCACGCCCUGCCCUCGUCCCUGAGCGUCCCCCACACCGUCAUUCUGGUCACUGGCGCGCAGCUCUGCGGCCCGGCCUUCAGCCUGAGCCAGAUCAAGGACACUGCGUGCAAGUCGCUCCUGGGCUUGUCGGAGGACAAGAGGCACACGGACACCUCCGCUGCGGAGAGCCCUCCCCGAGGCCCCGGUGACGCGCGGACGGGCAGCGGGAAGGCCAAGCUCCCCCAGGAGCCUCCCAGCAGCGCGACCGCGCUUUCGGAAUGGGUUUCCAUUUGGUCCAGAAUCCUGAAGAACGCAGAGAGUGACCCGCGCGGCAGCGAGAGGGACCCAUCGAGGCCCGCAGAGGCGCCCACUCCCAGGGGCCGGUGUGAUUCCCGCAGAAACCUCCAGAAGACCCCGCCAGUCAAUGCAAAGCUCUCUAUUAAGCCUGCCUGGCAGAAAUUCUCCGAUGGUGGCACGGAGACCUCCAGACAGAACAUGGAAGCGGAAGGCAUUCGGAAAAAAACCCUGCUGGGACCCGGCGAGACAGCCCCACAGCCUCCUCCUGCUGGUGUUCCCGAGCUCCAGAAGGGUCCGGAGAAGUCGGAGUUGCACCGGGAGCCCACAGACACCAUCGAGGGAUGCAAAUUUGCCAAAGACUUCCCGUCUUUUCUUGUCCCAAGCCUUCCUUACCCUGCGCAGAAAGUGGUGGCCCACACAGAGUCCGCGACCUCAUCGAACAGCGAGACCACAAACGUGAUAGCAAAGCCAGACCCUGUGAUGCCAGGUGGGGAGGAAAAAAUCUCCCCGUUUGGAAUAAAACUGAGAAGGACCAACUACUCCUUGCGCUUCAACUGCGACCAACAGGCCGAACAGAAGAAAAAGAAGAGGCACAGCAGCACCGGAGACAGUGUGGAUGCAGAGCCACCCGCAGUGGGGAGCUCCGGUGGAGAGAAAGAGACGGAGGGUGUGUCCCUCAAGCAUGGCCCAUCCCUUCCCCAGGAGCGGAAGCAAGCCCCCUCCAUCCUAAGGGACUCCGCUGAACCUCCCAACAGCCGCUCUCCUCCUGUGGCCCAGCCUGGGCCCCCACUGGCUAGCAGCCAGAGCCCGGCUCCAGAGCACGACAAGGCGACAAACAAAAUGCCAUUGGCACAGAAGCCAGCACUGGCUCCCAAGCCCACCAGUCAGACCCCACCGGCAUCCCCACUUUCCAAACUGAGCAGGCCCUGCUUGGUAGAGUUGCUGUCUGGCAGAGCGGGGAGGCCAGACCCAGAGCCAAGUAAGCCGUCCAAGGAGGGCUAGGAGAGCAGUGAUCGCUGGCCACCCUUGCCCCCAGACCCCAAGGAAAGAAAGGGACAGAAGAGGGACGAGGAGGAAGAGGCCACAAAGAGGAAACCUGCUUCCCCACCUCUGCCUGCUGCUCAACAAGUGAAACCUUCCCAAACACCCGAGGCCGGGAGGAAAGAAAAGCCGAUGCUUCAGAGCAGGCACUCUUUAGAUCGCUCCAAACUUACCGACAAAGUGGAAACUGCGCAGCCGCUGUGGAUAACAUUAGCUCUGCAAAAGCAAAAGGGGUUUCGGGAGCAGCAGGCGACGCGGGAGGAGAGGAAGCAAGCCAAAGAGACCAGACAGGCGGAAAAGUUCUCCAAAGAAAAUGUCGAUGUCAGCCCGCAGCCUGGAAGCAGCAGUGUCAGCAGAGCAGGUUCCCUGCGCAAGUCUGCUCCAUCGGAAGACAAGAGGCCCGAGACUGCAGUGUCCAGGCUUUAGCGCAGAGAACAGCUGAAAAAGGCCAACACGCUUCCUGCACCUGUGACAGUGGAGAUCUCUGAUUCGGCUCCCCCAGCACCACUGGUGAAAGAAGUCACCAAGAGGUUCUCCACCCCGAAUGCUGCCCAUGUGUCAACAGAACCAUCGUGGCUGGCUUUGGCCAAAAGGAAAGCAAAGGCUUGGAGCGACUGCCCACAGAUCAUUAAGUAAAGAGUGACUCU